GGGCGGAGCUUCAACCUCAAUAACACGAGCGGCGUUUUCUAGAAAGGGAAAGGUGCCGCGCGCUCUCCGAACAUUAGGAGGAACAACCGCGAGCGCAUCAGCUCCUCACUUUAGCCUAGCUUACCCAGCAAUCCUCAAAAAAGAUGAAUUCUCUGAGCGCGUCUUCUAAAUGGCCGUCUUGCGACUCGCUGCGCUCCAACUCCAGCUUCCUCCCCAGUGAGGGCGAGCAGACCGAGGAUGAGGCGGACGUCUUCUCCGAGGCAGAAGGGGACGGUGGGAAAAAAGGCUGCCUGUCAUCAGAUGAGGACGUUUCGGGACCGCCGUUUCCGCCUCGGUCAAAUCAAUUGUACACGCGGCCCGAGCACGACCAGCCUGGACUCUGCCCCAAGAUGGUUCAAUACCCAGACGCGUCGCCCUCUCGUGGAGCUGCUGAGCAGCAGACCACCGGGGACCUGGCUUUUGCUCGAAAAUGCGCUGAUUUGCACAGAUUUAUCCAUCCUCUGCUAGAACUCCUUCAGGGACUGAAAACUGGGCGUUUUGACAAAGGUUUGAACAGUUUCCAGCAAAGUGUUGCCAUCGACAGACUCCAGAAGAUUCUGGGAAUAUUGCAAAGACCUGCAAUGGGUGAGAGAUACCUUCAAAACCUGCUGCAGAUCGAGAUGCUGUUGAAAGUGUGGUUCCCUAAGAGGGCCUUAAAGUCCACCGCGCUGCUAACAACUCCUUCAACUCUGACCCCACACUGGCACCAGAAUCAGCUCCACAUGCCGGUGAAGAAACGAAAGCUGAGCUGGUCUGACCCGUGUGACGCUGGCAGAGCCCCAACCAAACCCAAACCCCACCAACAGGAACCCGGCCUCUGCCACGCCGGCGCUCCACUGGUCGCCACAUGUCUUCCUCCGUCCCCCAAAAAACCAAGCACCCCAGAAGAGGAGCGCACCGACCCGACGGGGGGCCACUGUGCAGCUGGACACGCGUUCACAGACAGACGCGGCUUCGUAAGCAGACGCUCGUGGUCACACGGCAAGAGCCAUGACGGCAGAAAUACCGAGCUUCCUUCUUGCCAAAGUCCAGCCAUGCAGGACUGUUCAGUGUCUUCUAGCAACAGCGUUGCUCCAUCUCCCCUGAAGCAGCAGUGACGGACAUCGCCAUCACAUGGAGAUGCCUCAGAAGGCUUUCCCCAGCACAGAGGGGGCAGCUGGGAUUACAUAAGCAAGUCGGGACUGGAGAGAGAGUCAGUUUGAGCCAGAGAGGGAGGAGUAAGGCCUCCUUUAAGCCCAUUUCUCCUGAGUAUUACACUCAAUUAUUACCAGAAGCUUCUGUGUGAAGGGUUACUGUUGUAGCUCCAAGCUAAAGGAGAAACUCUACAUUAUUAUUUAAGGGUUUUUCACGUCAUAAAGGAUAGACGGCAUAAGUCACUGUUAGAUUUUAGAGGGAAAGUGUUUGGGUAAUCAAGGUUUCAUCCAGCAGCAUAUAAGAAGUAUUGCUUUUGUUUUUAUUGACUAUAUUUCAGUCAUUUUUGGAAGCACUCCUGGUCGAUGAACCUUUUAGAGUAAUGGGGGGGGGUGUCCUGCUCUGUCCAUGGCGGGGAACCCCCCCCCCCGCCGAUUGCAAAGGGCAUUCAUGUGAGUGAAGGGAAGCCGUGCCGCGGCGGCUGAAAGUGCCAAAGAAAAGCUUCCUUACGUCGUGUGCAGCUUCAGCGCUAACCACACAUCUGUUAACGCCGACAGAUGUGCACAUCCAAGCCCCACAAUAUGCAUCAGUUAGGUAAAAAUAUUAAAGUAGCAACAAACUGAUGUUAAUUUUGAGAGAAAAAGUUCCAAAUGUCUCUUUCUUUGAUCAUUUCCAUAUGGAUUGAAAUGAAUGCAACUGCACUGUGAGUGAUGAGGAAUUGCUGCACAUCUGUGAACGUUUUGGAGUUAUUUAUGACAUUGAAACUUGAGAGAUUUUUAUUUCCUGAAAUGAAUUUUAUACCAAAUGUUUGUGGUUCACAGCUAAGUUAUCGACUUAAGAGUUUUGCUCUGACUGCAGUUUACACAAGAACAGGAGAUUUGGUUUAUUAUUUAUUAGAACAGUUCAGAACAUUUGUGUGUCAUAAGGAGGUGAACCUGUCCCAUGAAAAUGAAUUUAUUCCUCCGUGUUGCUGUUCCAGCAUUUGGGACGUUAAGUGCUUUUAUCAUGAAGUAUAAAAUACUUGAAAAGACAAAA